AUGGUGGGUGAGCCGGAAGGCUGGGCCUCCCUGGGUGAGCCGGAAGGCUGGGCCUCCCUUUCCAUCUCUGUCCCCGGAGUCCUGGGCCUGGUGACCUCCUCGCCCACCCUGGCCGGCCAGGCAGAGCCGGGGCUGGCCAUUUUACAGCACUGUUACUACUCUCGCUGCCCAGGAAACCCACAAAGGGCCCCACAAACGCCGUGUGAGAAGGCCAGACCCUUCCCGGGCAAUGGUUUCCUACACCUUUACAACGUGAUAGAGGAGAGGGAGAAUGUGCAGAAGAGGACCUUCACUCGGUGGAUAAACCUCCAUCUGGAGAAGUGCGACCCUCCUCUGGAAGUGAAAGAUUUAUUCAUUGACAUACAAGACGGCAGAAUCCUAAUGGCGCUGUUAGAAGUCCUGUCUGGGCGAAACCUGCUCCACGAGUACAAAUCCUCGUCCCACCGCAUCUUUCGGUUGAACAACAUAGCGAAAGCACUUAAGUUUUUGGAAGAUAGCAACGUAAAACUGGUUAGCAUCGACGCGGCAGAAAUAGCGGACGGCAACCCCUCUUUGGUUCUUGGGCUGAUAUGGAACAUAAUUCUCUUCUUCCAGAUUAAGGAGCUCACGGGCAACCUCAGCAGAAACUCGCCACCGUCCAGCCUGUCGCCGGGCUCCGGGGGCACAGACUCCGACUCCUCGUUCCCACCCACGCCCACGGCCGAGAGGAGCGCGGCGCUGUCCGUGAAAGACCAGAGGAAGGCCAUCAGGACCCUGCUGGCGUGGGUGCAGCGGAAAACGCGCAAGUACGGCGUGGCGGUGCAGGACUUCGCGGGCAGCUGGAGGAGUGGGCUGGCGUUCCUGGCUGUGAUCAAGGCCAUCGACCCCAGCCUGGUGGACAUGAAGGCGGCCCUGGAGGACUCCAUGCCGGAGAACCUGGAGAAGGCUUUCCGCAUCGCGCACGACGCCCUCCACAUCCCCAGGCUCCUGGAGCCAACAGACAUCAUGGUUGACACGCCGGAUGAGCAGUCUAUCGUGACUUACGUGGCACAGUUUCUAGAACAUUUCCCGGAGCUGGAAGCCGAGGAUUUUGUGGAUCCCGAUAAAGACGCCCCUAUUGAGUCCACCUUCGUCCGCAUUAAAGAAACGCCCUCGGAGCAGGAGAGCACCGUCUUCUAUGUGACUGACGACGGGGAGCGGGCCUACACCGUCAACCACGACACCAGCCAUCCGCCCCCCUCCAAGGUCUUUGUCUGUGACAAGCCCGCGCGCGGGAAGGACUCCCGCCCGGGUGGCGCUCCUGGCCCCACACCGGCAAACAGCCCCGCCGAGGUCACACCGCAGGGCACGGACUGGGACACCCUCGGGGCCUCCGGCAGGACCUGCAGCCUCAGCGAGGCGCCUCCAGAAUCUUCCAUCUUAUCCAGAAAGGACAACCAGAGGUCCAGCUCCCUGCCGGGCAAGAAAACGGUGCACUUUGAGGCGGACGUCUACAAGGACGCCUCCUGCAGCAAGGACCCCGUCCACAGCCAAGACUGCGGCUUCGAAGGCGGCCAUCGGGGGACCAAGGACUUGUGGAAGCAGGAUGGGCACGGCCCGGAGGUCGCCGAGGAAAGGCCGAGGCACGACGCCCCAGAGGCAGCCCCAGACCAGGCCCUGGACGAUGUCUGCCUGGCGGACAGUCAGACCGGCCCUUCUCAGACUCCCCAGGGCUCUGCCCCCCGGAACAGGGCCUCGGAGCGGCCGGCCAGCCCCGGCGAGGAGAGCUGCCCCCGGGCGCGCCUCGGAGAGGAGACCGUGAUGGCCGAUUCCUCGGAGCUCAAGGUGAAGCCGCAGACCGCAGAGGCGAUGGACGAGGAAGACGAUUUCGAAGGCAUACCCCUGAAAGCCUCUAAAUUUAACAGUGACCUCGUCGAUUUUGCCUCCACCAGCCAGGCUUUCGGCGAGGACCCCCCGCCUGCGGAGGACGGGCCCGCGGAGGCCGGGGCUGCGGAGGCGCAGGCCGAGAACCUGGGGAACGGGAGAAGCACAUCCGCCCCCAGGAUGGAAGGUGCGGACGAGCCCCCGGGGAAGCCUGGACACGAAGACCACAGCCGUGUGGUGGCCCCAGAGGAGGAGCCGGGGGGCAGGAAGCCAGAGGUGUAUGAAAAGGCGAAGCGCAAGUCCCCGCGGCCCCCGCGCGGGGAGGAGGAGGCGGAGGCCGAGGACCCCCCGGCGUUUGAGGGGGACUUGCCCUCCAACCCGCCCAGCAGCCAAGUCAGCCUGGAGACCCUGGGCAGCCACAGCGAGGAGGGCCUGGACUUCAAGCGCUCCCCGCCCCUCUCCAAGGUCUCGGUCAUCCCGCACGACCUCUUCUACUACCCGCACUACGAGGUGCCCCUGGCCGCCGUCCUGGAGGCGUACGCGGAAGGCCAGGAGGAUUUUAAAGCCGAAGACGCGGACUUUGAAGACCCGGAGGACUACCUGUCUGACCUGGAGCAAAGGGAGGACGAGGACGAGCCCGAGGCCUCCGAGAGCAGCGGCAGCUUCCGGGGCCUGGGCGAGGACCGCCCCCAGCCCCCCACCCAGGAGCCCGACCGGGACCAGGGGGCACAGGGGGCCAAGCCAGCCUCGGGCCCUCCCCCCACCCUGGCCCCAGAGGACCACCAGCAGAGGGAGGCCACAGCCCGCGCCCCUGGGGAGAGCCAGCAGUCCCAGGAAUCCCCAAACUCGGAAAACUUAAGAAACCCUUUAGAAGAAAAAGUGAUGGAAGAAUCGGUCAGCAGCAAGAAAAAGGAAAAAAAGAAGCACGUGGACGACGUAGAGAGUUCAGUAUUGCUCACCCCCGGGGCUGUGCGGUCCUCCGACGACCUGGACGAAGACCCUGGCUUCCACAGAGUCCCUUCCAGGACUAGCCACAGCGACUCCAGCAUUUACAUUCGACGACAUACUAACAGGUCUUUGGAAUCGGAUCAUUCUAGCUAUGUUCAGUUGAGGAAUGCAGCCGAUCUGGAUGACAGAAGGAACCGAAUGUUAACCAGGAAGGCCAACCACUCGGGCGAAGCCUCGCUGCGGGAGAGCCAGAGCCCGCGCAGCGACUCCCUGACGCAGUUCGUCCAGCAGCCGGACAUGAUGUACUUCAUCCUGUUCCUCUGGCUGCUGGUGUACUGCCUGCUGCUCUUCCCCCAGCUCGACGUCAACAGACUCUGAGCGCGUCCACGCAAUAAAGAGACCGGACCGGCCGGCGGGAGUGCCUUCUCUCUCACUGUAUCCGGGCCCUGGACAGG